AUGGAGCAGCAGGUACAUAAGCCGCAUCGGAAAUCCAAAGAAAGGAAGCAGCAUACAGGAGAUCACAAUCCCAAGGCCUUUGCCUUCUCCAAGCCAGGAAAACUGCAAAAAGCCGCCGCAAGGUCCCAGGAUAUCAAAGAACGCCGCUUCCAUGUGCCGCUCGUUGACCGGCUUCCCGAUGAAGCUCCUCCACGUCUCGUCGCCAUCGUCGGCCCCCCCGGCGUCGGCAAGACCACCUUGCUGAAAUCGCUGAUUCGCCGCUACGCAAAGGAGACCGUUUCCGACCCGCAGGGACCCGUCACCGUCGUCACGUCCAAGAAGCAAAGGCUGACCUUUCUCGAAUGCCCCAAUGAGCUCGAGGCCAUGGUCGACGUGGCCAAGGUGGCCGACAUCGUCCUGCUCAUGAUUGACGGCAACUUUGGCUUCGAGAUGGAAACCAUGGAGUUCCUCAACAUCCUGGCUGCCACCGGCAUGCCCGGCAACGUCUUCGGCAUCCUGACCCAUCUGGACCUGUUUCGAAAACCGCAGGCCCUCAAGGAUGCCAAGAAGCGCUUGAAGCGAAGGCUUUGGACCGAGCUGUACCAAGGCGCCCACCUGUUCUAUCUCUCCGGAGUCAUGAACGGCCGCUACCCCGACCGCGAAAUCCACAACCUCUCGAGAUUCUUGUCCGUCAUGAAGAACCCCCGCCCGCUGGUCUGGCGAAAUAGCCACCCCUACACCGUCAUCGACAGCUUCCGCGACAUCACGCAUCCCUCCAAGAUUGAGCAAGACGCCAAGUGCGAUCGAUCAAUCGUUCUCUCGGGCUAUCUCCGGGGGACCAAUUUCGCCGUGCAGGGACAACGCGUCCACGUUGCCGGCCUCGGCGACUUCACCGUCUCGAGCAUGGAAGUGCUCCCCGACCCCUGUCCCACACCAUCCACGGAGCAAGCGCUGGCCAAAAUCACCGGCAAAACCGGUCGGCGACGGCUGGACGAGAAGGAGAAGAGACUUCAUGCGCCCAUGUCUGACCGCAGCGGUCUCAAGAUUGACGGCGACGCUAUAUGGAUCACGCGAGAGAGAGGCUUCACCUUGAACCCGGAUGCCGAUGGCGCGGAGCGAGGCGAGGGCGAGGAAAUGAUUGUUGGGCUGCAAGCCGAACGGCGGCUGCUGGGCCAAAUGGAGGAUGGCGUGCAACUGUUUUCCGGCGGCCAGAAGCUGACCGACAUCGCCCAGGAAGGGGUCGACACGGGGAGAAAGACGCAACGACGCGGCCGAGUCGCCGAAGAAGAAGAGGAAGACGACGGCGGCGCCGACGACCAAGAUUCAGAGGAAGAAGACGAGGGCUUCGUCAGUGGAAGCGCCGACGACGACGAUGCGGAAGCUCGCGUCGAAUUCAACGAGGGCAAAAUGGGCAAAAUGUUCCGCAAGGAUGCCGGCAGAUCGGCCGGAGAGGAAGACGUUGUCUUUGCCGACAGCGAUUCCGACCUGGGCUCACUAUCUGGUCAAGAGGAAGACGAGAACAGCGACGACAACGCCUGGGACCUGAACUCUGACGAAGAGGAGGCCGCCCUGCGGUGGAAAGACGACUUGGCAGGACGGGCUCGCAAGCUGCACGGCCGACGCAGGGUAUUUCACACUGGAGACUUGGCAAAGUACAUGUACGACGAGAACAUGACGCCAGCGGAAGCCCUGAAACGAUGGAAAGGCGAAGACGACGGCGGCUCUGGAGAGGAGGACAUGGAAGAAGUAGACGGCGACGGCGACGAUGACGACGGCGGCUUCUUCAAGAAAAAGCUGCCGGAACAGGAGGAGGACUCGGCGGAAGAUCGCACGAUUCCCCUCUACGACUACGAGGAUCUGGCUGCCAAGUGGGCGGAACGUGAGCAUGUCGAGGCCCUGCGGAAAAGAUUCACCAGCAGUGGUCAAGCCGGCAACGACGAUGACGACGGCGACGGCGACGGCGACGGCGACGGCGAUUUCGAGGGUUUCGGGGACGACGACGACGACGCCAACGACGAGGGCGACGGCGUCUUCGAGGACCUGGAGGCCGGGCCUGCCGACCAACAACCCGCCCCAGAAACGGCCGAGGACAUUGCGGCCGAGCGCGAAAAGAACGCCCGGCGGAAGCAAGAGCUCAAGCAGCGGUUCGAGGAGGAAGACCGCGACGGGUUCCUCAACGACAAGGCCAACGCGCGGCGGCAGGACGGCGACGGGGAAGACUACGGCGAGGACGAGUGGUACGACGCGCAAAAGGCCACGCUGCAGAAGCAGCUCGACAUCAACGAGCACGAGCUGGGCCGGCUGGAGGAGCGGCAGCGCGCGGCGGUCGCGGGCCACCGGGCCGGGCGGUACGCCAAGCUGGUGCUCGAGGGCGUGCCGGCCGAGUUCGUGGCGCGCUUCAGCGCCCGGCGGCCGCUCGUGGUCGGGGGGCUCACGCCGACCGAGGACCGCUGGGGCUUCGUGCAGGCGCGCGUCAAGCGCCACCGCUGGCACCGGGCCGUGCUCAAGACCAACGACCCGCUCAUCGUGUCGCUCGGCUGGCGCCGCUUCCAGACCAUGCCCAUCUACAGCACCACCGACUCGCGCGUGCGCAACCGCAUGCUCAAGUACACGCCCGAGCACGCGCACUGCUUCGCCACCAUGUACGCACCCCUCGUCGCCCCCAACACCGGCCUCGUCUGCUUCAACUCCUUCUCCCCCAACGCCGCCGCCGCCGCCGCCGCCGCCGCACCCGCCGCCGCCGGCUUCCGCGUCGCCGCCACCGGCACCGUCCUCGGCGUCGACGAGUCCGCCGACAUUGUCAAGAAGCUCAAGCUCACCGGCACGCCCUACCGCGUCUUCAAGAACACCGCCUUCGUCAAGGACAUGUUCAGCUCCGCCCUCGAGGUGGCCAAGUUCGAGGGCGCCUCGGUCAAGACCGUCUCCGGCAUCCGCGGCCAGAUCAAGCGCGCCCUCGCCAAGCCCGACGGCGGCCGCUUCCGCGCCACCUUUGAGGACAAGAUCCUCCUCAGCGACAUCGUCUUCCUGCGCGCCUGGUACCCCGUCCGCCCGCACCGCUUCUACAACCCGGCCACCAACCUCGUCGGCUGGCAGCCCAUGCGCCUCACCGGCCAGGUCCGCCGCGACCAGAACCUGCCCACCCCGCAAGCCAGGAACAGCCAGUACCGCAAGGUGGACCGCGAGACCCGCCACUUCAACCCGCUGCGCGUGCCGCGCGCCCUCGCCGCCGACCUGCCCUACAAGUCCCAGAUUGUCGCCACCAAGAAGCAGAAGCGCGCCACCUACCUGCAGAAGCGCGCCGUCGUCCUGCCCGCCGGCUCGGAGGAGAAGAAGGCCCGGGCCCUGAUGCAGCAGCUGCUCACCAUUCGCAACGACGCCGCCGCCAGGCGCCGCGCCAAAAAGGCCGAGAACCGCGCCGCCUUCCAGAAGAAGCUGGCCGAAAGCGAAGACAAGAAGGAGGCCAGAGAGAAGAGAGAGACCAAGGAGUUUUGGCGCAAGAAUGGCAGGAAAAGGAGCGCUGGAGAAGAUGGCGGCGGCGGCGGAGGCAAGAGGAGGAAGUGA